AACCUGAUAGACGUGCAUGUGGCCAUGUAGGUAUGUCGCGUAUUUUUCCGCGGAAGCGCGCGUAAGUGUAUGUAUGUAAGGAUGUCUGUCUGCGUCCAGGUGUCUGUGUGUAGGUAUGUGUGUGUGUGGGUGUAGGUAUAGGGCCUGAGCGAAGCAGCUGGAUCGGUCCAUCGUCUACUCUAGAGACUGCAGCAGCAGCAGCAGCAGCAGCAGCAGCAGAGAAACCCUGGCAACAAGUUGUUCUGUUCAAUUGGGCACUUGGACGGCGAGAGGAGACGAAAUGAGUAGGGUGGGAAGACGGGAAACGGGCUGCUUCGAGAAGCUAACGGUCCGUCUCAACAAACCGAACCAGGCGGAAAGACGAAGAAAAAAAAAAGACGGCGAGUACAAGCUACUAACCAAAGGGACGCCGUCCGCCCAUCAGUCUGCUCGUUUACUCAGCGAACUAGGUAAUAACACUUGGCGAUCUACCGCGUCAUGUGUGUGCUUCCAUCCAGGUUCCCGGUCGACGGAGGCUUGACGCUUCAUACGAGGACCCUCGCCGCAACCGAUUUACAGUCAGAGACACUACGCGCGGAGAGAGAGAGAGCGAGAGAGAGAGAGAGAGGGAGGGAGGGAGUUUCUGACUGCGAGAGGCGGACUGAAGGAAUUCUGGGACUCCUACAGGCCUGGCCCGGGGUUUCGCAGUGGGCUCACAGCCACCGCUCGCGUGCUGGGGCAGACGAUGGUGAAUCCCUCCGGGGGUUAGAGCGUCGGCAUCACCUACCUGAACCCGUUGGGCGCUGGCCGUCCGCCAAUAUUGCAAGGCCAGAUAGCAUCAUCGCGAUACAUCGGGCGAUGGCCAUUCGCCUACGUACGUGCCUCCCUACGAUCACCACACGCGCGCUUCGCGAAGGACACGAGAGAAGCGAUGCGCGAGAUCUCCCGGCGGCUCCAACGACACAGCUUACCUACGUCGAGUGGCACGCGCUCGCCCGCCCGCUCAAUCUCUGUCGAGCAACUACCACCAUUGCCGACUUACUCACUGCUCUGUCGAUCCGCUCACUCCGACGGGGGGGGGGGGCAGUGACGAGGAUCGCGGGAAUCCACACUACUUACUCUCUCUCCGUAGGCGGGUUGCGUAUGUACAUACGUAGGUAUCUGUGUCUUGGAGAAGAAGGAAGCCCGACGGUGGACACAGCGCUGCCCAGCGAUGGCGCAAGGAUUUCGGGAUGCCUCCUCGUGUCUCGGCUCUGACGUUUCCUCUGUCUUUCUCGUUCUCGUUCUCGUUCUCCUCUCUCUCCCCCUCUCGCCACCUGCGCCUCUCUCUCUCUGUCUCGAGAUCCAGCCCCAUAUGUCGGGACGGAGAGAAAAGGCAGCGAGAGUCAGAGGGCAUCAGCCCCGAGGGUCCGCACGUGGGCCACCCACGGCCACCUGGAAUGCUUUGGGCCCUCGAUUCGGUGUCGCCAAGCGCUACACCC